CAAACCGGCACAACAAAGCAGCGCUUUGUUUACAAACAACGCGGUCGGAGGGAAGAGAGAAAAAAAAAACCACCGCACGGCUUUUCUUGUGCUUUCUGUGAUGGAUUUAGUGGCCAAAAGAAGUAUAAAUUGCGAGCAGGGAGCGGUGCGUGCUGUACGAUACAAUGUUGAUGGUUCGUAUUGCUUGUCCUGCGGUUCGGACAAAAAAAUCAAGCUAUGGAACCCACGGACAGGACUGUUGCUGAAAACGUACGGUGGUCAUGCAGACGAGGUAAUGGAUGCUGCUGGAAGCUGUGAAAGUAGCUACAUCGUGUCGGCUUCCCUCGAUAAAAGCGUCAUUUACUGGGACGUAUCGACGGGGUUACCCGUGCGCCGAUUGCGUGGUCAUGCCGGCGGUGUUACCUGCAUCCGGUUCAACGAGGAAUCUUCGAUUGCCGUUUCUGGCUCGAAAGACAAUACGGUAGCGUGUUGGGAUAUACGCACCCGAAAGCUGGAUGCGGUACAGACGAUGCGUGAAGCCAAAGAUUGCAUUACGGCGCUUGUGGUGAGCGAACACAAAAUCAUCGCCAGCUCGCUGGAUGGUUCGAUCCGGCAGUACGACAUCAGGGCCGGUGAGCUUGUCUGUGAUACGAUAGGCGUUCCGAUUACGUACCUGGUGCAAACUCGUGACGGGCAGUGUCUGUUGGCGGCUUGCUCCGAUGGAACGAUCCGGCUGAUCGAUAACGAUUCAGGUGAGCUGCUGUCCGAGUACAAGGGUCACCGGGUGGAUGAUUACACGAUCGAGUGUGGCAUUAUUUCGUCCGAUACGAAAAUCAUAUCCGGUUCGGCGGAAGGUGCAGCCAUCAUUUGGGAUCUGCUGGAGGGUAAGGAGGUGCGAAGGUUACGCAUAGGAAGCGAGGUAGUGCACUCGCUCGCACCACAUCCUACCGGAAGCGAUAUUUUAUUCGCCCGGAAACGGCAUCUGGAGGUGUGGGGAAAGCCAGAGGAAGAUGAUGAUGAAGUGAUGGAAUAGUGUAGUAUAAAUAUAGAAACAGUUUAUUAGCAAAUAAGUGAAAACUAUCCAUAAAACAUUUUGUAAAAUAAAAAAAGCGGAUUUUCAGAACAGAAA